UUUCCACCUCCCAUCUAGCGUGAACUAUGGAGGGUCGGUUCCGAAUGGCGCCUUCGUAUGCGAAGGUGAGCUCCGACGAAGGCAAGGACGGCAUCACGCUGUCUUCGGCUAUGCCUAUCGCACCGCUACCCCCUGUGCCGAAAGAGCCGAAAGAGGCCAAACCAGACUCGAAAGACACCAAGGUAGCACCUCCCAAGGACAAAUUUAAGUUCAACAAGGUCGACAAUGUCACGGGCAGUACAGCGGGUGCCGGCAGUGGCGAGUUUCACAUGUACCGCGCCGCACGACGAAGGGAAAUGGAGCGUGUGUCGGCGAUGGAGAAGAGCCACAAGAGUAUUGAGGACGAAAGGAAGUUUCAAGAGCAGCGCAAGCGAGCUCAGGAGGAAGUAGCUCUCAAGGCACAACAAAAGGCCGCCAAGCGCCGUCGAAAGCUCGAAAAUGCCAAGAUGCGCAAGAUGUUGGGUGACAAUGCCAGCGACAACGGCGCCAACGACGACAAGACGCCAGCUCUGGACGGCGUCAUGCCCGGCGGAGUGCCCGAGAUCGCCAACGACGGCACGUUUUUAGAAAAACUGUUGGCGCAACAGAAGCAAAACCCCAAAUGAUACUGAUAAUAUUCCCUUAUUUACACUCGAACUGCGGCGACCAUUUCAAUGAACCACGAGAGUCGAACGGCCACACAGCACAAUGCCACCAUCUCGUCAAAGCAACACAAUGUGUUGCUGGCAGCUUAGCCAUACUGUUGUGGCCUCAGCAUGCAUAAAGUGAGUGCGAAGUGGGGGCGGUAAAUGCAGAUUCAUCUCUAGCUGUGAACUCGACAUGGAAUGCACAGGUUCACCCAUUGUAUCUCGUGAAAGAGCAUGUGUGUACACGUCCGGACAUACAUGACUCCACGCUCCGCUUCUUGCGAGCCAUUACAUAUGCCGAAUCAGCGUCACGGAACCUACUCGCAAUCUUGAUGGGCAGGACCACCAAAU